UUUUGGCAUGUGAUGGAAAUGGUAACAUCCAAAUUCACCUAAAGGCCUAAAAUACUUAAUUGUGUUUACAUUUCUCUUCCAUUCUCCUUCCUAAUUAGUGAUUUUUUCUUUGUCUUAACUGUGUAACAAUUGAUAAUCAAAUUGUUCUCAUCAUCGGUUGACCAUUAAAUCCAAAUAAUUCCAAGAAAUCUGUUAACAAUUCUAAUUGUUUUCCGAUUUCUCUUGAAUUCCUUUUUUCUUAUUACUGUUUCUCUUUUUUUCUCUUUCUCUUUUCUCUCUCUUUCUCUGUGUUUCCUUUCAUUUUUUUUUCUUAUUUCCUUUCUCUUCCUUUGUUUUUCUCUUCGCCAUCAUCUUCAUAAUUAUCAUCAUCUCCACUUUUGGAACCAUUGAUUUUAUAUUAAUCUUCCAUUUCUAAUUGGAUGCUGAUGAAAUUGAAAGAAAAAGCCGCAUUACCAAAGUGCAAAUAGACUCUCAAUUCUAAACAAGCUUCAAAUUUUUCUCCAUUGUGAUUCUCAGAUUCAUUUCAAUUCUCAGUUACCCUUGUAUCUUUUUGGUGAUAAUUUGGACAUCACCAUGAAUUGACAUUUGAUUGAAAUCGUUUUUGAAAAAGUUAAAAAUCGCCCGAUUGGCUUGAUAUCACAAUUAUUUAUCUAACCUUUAAUCGGUUCUCAAUCACAACAUCAUCUUCUGACUCUGGUAUCCAAAGGAAAGAACUAGUACUUAUUAGUCAUCCGAAGCCUUUAUUCUUUAUUCCAUCUUCCAUUGUUAUUAAUUAAUCUCCACAAUUAUAUGAAUCGUCUUAUCAAUCGUUUCAAUGUUUUCUUAAGAAACAAAAAACAACAUUCUUGCCCUGUUGUUUUGUUAACUUUACCAAAUUAACUGAAACCUUCUCGAAAGAAACUAUAUUUCAAACGGAUUGGUUGUUUGUUCUGUUUUUUAUUGGAGCCAAAUAGUUAUGUCUAAAUUGAAUUCUUUAUCUAUUUAUUUGUGGAACAAGUUAACGUAGUUUAUAGAUAAAGAAAAGUGCUUUUAAAUCAUGGCCCAAGCUCAACUUAAUCAAAGAAGAUCACGACCCAUUCCAUCUUCCAUUAGGAAUAGAAAUUUGAAAAAUGAUAAAACCAUUUUACCCAAUUUGGAGUCCAUACAACCUUACACACCCUCUCUCAAUGUACCAGAAUUUGAUCAUGAAGGACGACAGGUAAAAAGGUAUCCAUGUGAUGCUUGUGGUGAUUGUUUUCUAUUCAAAGCAUCUCUAAAUCAACACAUAAAUCGACAUUCGGUAAAAUUAACGUGCUUUUUGAAUGACUCAGGAUCCAAGAAGUUAAAUUUUUACAACAAAUGUGCCCAAUAUCAUUAUUUCAAAAGCCAUAACACAGUUUGUAAGAGCACCUUGUUAUCUCCUUUGUUGACCGACGAGAAGGAAACAUUUAUUGAUAAUGUGUCAUCUUAUCAUGAGAAAGAGGAAACUGGCAAGGAAUUGAAUCGCUCUAAAAGUCCAAAGGUAGUCAUCAAGAUAAAGAAGAAGACAUCUGAAAAUCCGUCCAAUACAAAUUCGAUCUCUUCGAAAAACAAUUCUACCACCACAACAACAACAACCAAAUGUAACAUCAAACACACCGUAGGCUCGGAAAAUUGCUCCAACUCCAAACUCAAGAACAAAAUAAUCUCCGACAAUGAAACAAGUUCAGAGGCAAACGAAAAGAAAGAGUCAAAAUGCCUUGAAUGCGACAAAAUUUUCUCACAUUUAACAUCUCAAAAGGAACAUUUUAACUCAUUAGACAAUGACCAUGGUCCAUUCCAGUGUACAACGUGUCCCAUUUGGUGUCCAAAUUUAUGUUCCCUUAAAGCUCAUAAAAGGUUUCACACAAUGGAUUCUCCCUUUGUUUGUCCAGAAUGUGGUUAUCAAAGUGAGAAAUUUAAAAAGAUGAUGACUCAUUGUAUCAUAAAAUGUCAACAUCUCCUGCGGCAAUUGUUGUACAUUUGUUCAAAAUGUAAAAUCACCUUUAACACAAUCUCAAGUCUAAUUGAACAUAUAACAUCAAGUCACACGCAACAAUUGAUUCGAUGUGCUACCUGUAAUCAAAAUUUUGACUCAAUCGAUAAAUUUGAGAGACACAAGGUUAAUCAUCCAUCAGAAGAUGGAUAUCGAAGUGACAAUUUCUACCAGUGUCAUAUUUGUUCAAAAGAAUUGUUGUCCAAAAUAUUAUGCUAUUCUCACAUUGAGUCUCACCUUAAAGAGACCAAAGAUAUGUAUAAGUUUGUAUACAUAUGCCCACAGUGUAAAGAAAGACAAUGUGACUCUGGUUCACAGGUAUUGGUACACCUUCAAGCGGCUCACCUUCUUGACCUUACCAAACCCGAUCGAGAGGCAAGUCUAGUUGAGAGUCUAUGUGAUCGUUACAAAAUAAAACUUUCAAAGGUACCAAAAGAGGCCGAGAAAGGAUCUAAUGCCAAAAAAAGUUCUGCAACUUCAUCAUCAUCAACAACAACAACAAAAUCAUCAAUGUCAACCACCUCAUCGACCUCAUUAACUUCCAAUAAUCCUUUAAACGAUUCGAGUCUUAAAGCGACCAAAUUUGCUUGCGAGGUUUGCGGUUUAAUCACCAAUAGUUGGGAUGAUAUGGCCGAUCAUGGAAGCAGUAAACACAUCGACGAAGAGUCUCUAUUUGUUUGUCUAAUUUGUUCUAAUAAGAAAUUUACUCGACGAAAUUCACUUCUUGCUCAUUUGAGAAAAUUUCAUACAACCUCAUUGGCCUGUCCUUCUCAGCGUUGUAUCUCUUUACGUUUUAAAAAUGCGACAGAUAUUUACAAUCACUACCGAAUGAAACAUCGUUUAGAUUGUGGUGACCUUAAAGAACCAAUUAGCAAACAAUCAGACCAUCAAACGGGAAAUGCUAAUAACAACAAUAAUAAUGGUGAUCCAACUCCUGCCAAGCGACCAAAAACCAAUCAGAAUAACAAUAAGCAAAAUAAUCACAAAAAUUCAGUAAACAACAAAACAAACACCGGAUCAUCUUUGGCAAGUAAUUACAACAACAACACGUCAAUUAACAAUUUAUCCUCAUCAUUAUUAUAUUCAGAAGAAAAUGGAUCUUCAGACAUUUUAAAAGAUUCUCUUCUCAAUGGAUCAUCAUAUGUUAAUCAAUGUAUCCAUUGUGGCUUCCAAUCGGAUGGAAUUAAACAAUUACAAGCUCAUUAUACAAUCCACCGAACCCCAAAAUCACCUUACCUUUGUUACGAGUGUGGUACCAGUUUUGUUACCUGUUCACUGUUAGAUCGUCAUUUAAACAAUCUUCAUGGUAUCACUGAUUGUCAAAGUUAUGUUAAAAUUAAUCUACCCGAUCUCUAUCAAGAAAAAGUUGACCCCAAUAAUAUUGAUCUAAUUGGAAUCAUUCAAAAUGAUACACUAAAUGAAUCAAUGUGCCCAGUAUGUUCAAAAAUAUGUUCCGAUUCAGCAGCUCUUAAAUCACACGUUAAAGUCCAUGGGAUGGCUUUCAUUAACUCAAUUCGUAAAAAUUUAAACACAUCGACAACCAAUGAUGUAGCCUAACGAUCAUCAUAACAAUCACAACAUUUAUCUAAAUAAAAAAGAAAAUCAUUCUCUUCCUCUUAUAAAUACCGAACAAUUAAAAACAAUCAACUUCCACCAU